AUGGCAUCGCCAAACGACCCGACAGGAGUUGUCUACGGCCAGUCGGGUUCCACCACUUCCUCUUCAACCCCAAGGCAGUUCCAGACCCUCCCUGGCUCCUUUCCAGACAUUUAUGACGGGGACAUGAAAAAAUGGGAGGAACAUUUCCAUAGCAUCCAGAGGGCUUACAAAGAAUUCGGCAAAGAGGACGACUUUGCUAUCCGCGUCCUCACCGAGGACUUCACGCUCCCGUUCCCUUUUGCCUGGCCCAGCGAGGAUGAAGUGUCCCAGCAACUGAACUAUGAUCCAGCAGACUGUGCCGGCUUUGAUUUCUUCCUGCACCCAGGGCAGCCCGUCCCUCGUCUUCUCCAGCCCCUGCACGCCACCACCCAGGCAUUCUUCAAGAAGAGACACUUGGAGCAGCUGGCUCUCAGUUACGCCGGCAAGACAACCCUUGUCGGUACCCCAGGACUACCCUCACAAGAAACGAGCCCCACCUUGCGGCCAGACAUCAUGGUUAUUACCAGCAUGCCAUGCGUGACCACCGCCAUGGUUCCUGGGGAGCUAUCUUUUCUGUUACAGGAUAGCAAAGGCCACCGGAACAUCCAACCUGCCCCUCUGGCGAUCCCAAACUCUGCACCGAUGCAACCACUCAACCUUCAGUUCAUGAGCCCCCCCAACCAUGGCCCAUUUUAG